AUGGCGGCCGCGGCGGGGACUGGCCGACGCUCCGGAAAGGCGACCGACGCGGCGGCCGGAGGCUCCCGCUCCGCUCUGGGACUCGGAACCGCGGACGUGCUCGACGCCGCCCGCCCGACGGCGGAAGACGCCCGCUGCUGCUCGCCCCGGCGGCGCCGGAGCGGGGAGGCCGCCGAGCCCGAGCGGAGAGGCGGCGGGGCGGCUGGCUGGAGGGACGCGGCGGAGCAGGAGGAGGAGGAGGAGGAGGACCGGGACCGGGACCGGGACCAGGACCCCCGCGCUCGUCCUCCUGACGUGUUCGUUUGCCCAAGUGCGGUCCACAAGUCGACGGAAGGCCCGUCGGCAAGUCCCAGCGUGAAGCACAAGCUGUCGGCGUGCGACGAGCGAGAGGACGCCAGGAGGCGGAGCCUCCGCAAAGACGAGGGCGGCCCGCUCCAACGCGGGGACGAUUGCGGCGUCCUGUCCGACUCGGAGAACGAGGAGCCCGUGACCCGGCGCAUCAGGAGGGUCUCGGCGUUCGUGAGGAGAGGCCGGACGUCGUCGGGCGUCGCCGGCGGCUCGCAGAGGAGUCGCAGCUGCACGGAGGCCGGCGACGACAGGGGACGGAAAAGCAAGGGGGGCUCCGCACCCGCCGCCGCGCCAGACACGGCGGGGGCGACUCACAGCUUCGCGGCCGGAAUCCUCCUGUCGUCCGAGAACAGUCGCUCCGCCUCGGCGCCGGUCGGCGCCCCCGAGCGGCGGCCCGCUCGGCGCGCCGGGCCGCCGCCGUCAAACGCGGCGCCCGAGCGCUCGGUCAGCCCGGAGAGCAACGACAGCAUCUCGGAGGAGCUCAACCAUUUUAAGCCCAUCGUGUGCUCGCCCUGCACGCCGCCCAAACGGCUGGCGGACGGCCGCCUGCUGGAACCGGCCGUGGUCAAGUCCACGCCCCGGAACCUCACGUGGCGCCUGCACAAGCCCACGAGCUACGAGGCCAGCCCCGCCGUGCUGCAACGCUGGCGCCAGAUCGAGCUGGACCGACAGAGCUGCAAGGUGGACACCAAGGGGACGCUGACCAGCCCCGUCAAGGAGAUGCAAGAGGGCGGCGGCCCGACGCCCUCCAACAAGAGGAAGCUGCUCUUCGACCACCCCGCCGGGGACGCGCAGACCCUCAAGGUCCGCGUGCCCGCCGUCCGCUACGGCGGCGACUUGACCUUUUGUGGGAAUCCCGACUUGGAGUUGGGGGACGGCGUCGGGGCCUUGUUCGGCCGCAGACAUUCCUUCUCCCCGUACGCCCGCAAGUCCGGCUUCCAGUCGUGCAAGCUGGCGCCCAAGGACCCGUUGAGCCCCCGCGAGGAGGCCGGCACCUCCAAGCGGAGCGGGAAGACCAAACAGCAGGACUCCGCCGCCCCCGACCCCCAGGUCUGCGAGGCCGUCCGCCGGGAGAGGAGGGACCGGGCGCUCGCCCUCAAGCUCCAGAGACAGUUCGACCGCGAGAGCGGCCCCCGUCCCGCCGGCCCCGACAACUACUUCCUGCGCUCCUGGAUGGCCAGUCACGGCCGCAGGAGGCGUGGCCUGCGACGCUCGCGCCGUAUCAGCAAACGGCGCUAAGCCGACGCCGAGACGUGUUGGUUGGGAUGCCCCCGAAACCCGAGAAAAUUUGCUUCGACAGAACCUUGGCAAAAUGGCGGACAAAAGUCAGGAAGAAUGCAAAAUAAUCGGGGGUGGUGCAGUAUUUGAGUCCCACGCCGAGGCCGUGCUUGAUUUUUUUUCCCUCUUGAGUUUCAUCUGAAUUAUCGCUCUAACUAACUACUGUAAAUUGAAAAUGUUUGGCGAAGGGCUUCGUUCUCCACAUGCCAGCUUUAAAACGGAUUCUCAUGACAAUGCAAAGUAGCUGUUUGGAUUCAUGUAGCAGAGACUUUUUGGUGCCAAAUCAAACUGUGACAUUUUGUAAUGAUUAAAAAACCAAAAAGAAAGUGUUUGACGCUUGUCGAUGGCGCUCUCCCGUCAAAACGACAUUCCGAGCACGUCUGAAGCGGAAUGCCGAGGCCGGAUCGCAUCGAUACCGGCCUGAAAAUAUCCACCGGGUACUUUCCGCCGUGCGCGUCAGAGCGCCGACCUUCGCUCUUCGUCUGGCCUUUCCGUGUCGAGGCGGAAACCGAGAAAGGAGCGAAAGGCGGAACCCCGGAGUACCCUUGUGUGGAUAAGUAAUCGUGUCCGAAGAAUUAUUUCAUCAUGAGUCAUAUUCCAAUACAAAAGGUAUUUGUCACCUCAGAAAGUAUCAAAUAUGCGCAUAUCUUGAGAGAAAUUCAAUGGAAUUCAUUUUUUUAAAUGUUCAUAAGUCAGAAGUGCAUUCAAAGCAAAACAAAACAUUUGUUCUGCAAAGGUUGACUCAUUUUUCUGCUCCAAAAACAAAAUUUUUUUUUUAAUUUUAUUUAACAUUGUAUAGAAGCAUUUGAAUUUUUUUUUUUUUUUUGUGAUCACUUUGUUUAUUUAUGAUGGGGAAAAUUUGUUUGGUUUGUCGGGGGGGGGGGGGAUUAAUUCUGUCCUGACUUUGAAAUAUUUAAUAAAAAAAUUAAACCUCACAAAAAGCACUCCAACAUCAUAAACAUGAAUUGGUAUUUAGGAACAUUUGCAUCUUUUCAUUUUGAAAAGUAUCAGCAAUAUCCCGACCCGGAUCGAUACCAAAACGUGCCGUAUUGCCUUCCAAAAGCAGAGAAAAAAAAACGGGAACGACCGUUUGCCCAUUUUCUGAGCUGCUUAUCCUCACAAGGGUCCCAGGCAUUCGCCACUCCCGGCAGCAUUUCGGGCGGGACACGCUUCCCUGCGAUACGAUUGGCAGCCGACGACCUUUGUAGAAAACGAAAGCUUUGGAAGCUUUCCGACGUGUUCUUGGCCGAUGACGGAUUUCAGCGGUUGGCCGUGGAGAAUCGACGAGAAGCCGGUGAAGAUCGACAAGUGGGACGGCGCCGCGGUCAAGAACUCGCUGGAUGACGCCGCCAAGCAGGUCCUGCUGGAGAAGUACGGCUACGUGGAGAACUUCGGCCUGGUGGACGGCCG